UUAGGGAUAAGCGCUCUGCUUCUCGAAUCCGUUUAGUUAAAAAAUAUGAUUAGUAGGACGGGUUACUUCGAUUUAACUAAAGUCGCUCCAGAAUGCCUUCUAUACAAACGCUUCAUAGUUCGUCAAAGGCGAAAAAGAAACGGAAUUUGGCUCACGGAAUCUUCUGAUUUGGACGCAGUGUCACGUGACCCACACGCGAUUUUUGCCGUUUGGUAAAGAUGGCGGCGGGUAGUUAGCAAACAAGCGUAGACAAGGAGGAACAUCCUCAAUACAGCAGAGACAAGUGGGAGCCCUGAACACCGCCAAAUGAUGGAUCCUGGACAGGAUUUGCUUUUGGCGGCCCUGAGCGAAAGUGGAAUCUGCCCAAAUGACCUUUUUGACCUCGACCCACAGGACACGGUUCCACCCCCUGUGCCUCAACAGUCGGUAUCCGUCAGUGCACUGGAUGGAGUUAGUCUGGCAGCUGAGGCCGCUGGAAUCGUGCGGCUGGAGCCUGGUCAAUCUCCCACGCCUGUGCCCACCACCACCCCAACAAUCACCAUCAGACAGAAGCCACAGCCGUCGACCACAACGUUCGUCUUAAACCAACUCAACCAGCUGCCCUCACUUGGCACCAUCGUGGUCACCAAGCCCGCCUCGGGCUCCACCGGCCGGCAGACCAUCACGGUGACGAAGGUGGUACACGCGCGUGGGAUGAGCCCGGCAGCCGUGGUAGCCUCUUCGUCGCCCGUGUGCUCGGUUGUGCCCCCUGGCCGGGAACAGGUGAAGCUGAAGGACCUGCUGAAGCCGGGGGCCCUGAAGACCAGCAGCCUGGGGGAGCUAAUGAAGCUCAAGCCACCGGCCGACAUCGCCCCGCCUGUUGCCACGGCCACAGCCGCCAAAAUAAUUGUGGUCUCUUCCAAGAUGAUGAGUAGAGCAGCGGAGUUGAACAAUGGCGUGAAGAAAGAGGUGACCAGCAAAGACGUGGCCAGAAUCUGGGUGAACGAAGACCUGAAGAUGCGGAGUUUUUCCCCCACUAAUAUACCACACAUUAAAGAUGAAGAGGAACCAGAGGAAGAGGAAGAAGAGGAAAUGGGCCAUGCAGAGACGUAUGCGGAGUACAUGCCAAUGAAACUGAAGACUGGCUUGCGGCACCCUGACCCGGUGGUGGAGACCAGCUCACUGUCCAGCGUGAACCCGCCAGACGUGUGGUACCGCAUGGCUGUCCCAGAGGAGAUCAUCGACCGCGGCUGGCUUUCUGCCCUGCAGCUAGAGGCCAUCACUUACGCCAGCCAGCAACACGAGACAUUCCUUCCCAACCAAGACCGAGCGGCCUAUCUGAUUGGGGACGGGGCUGGAGUGGGCAAAGGCCGAACCAUCGCUGGAGUCAUUUACGAGAACUACCUACUGGGGAGGAAACGUUCCCUCUGGUUCAGCGUCUCCAACGAUCUGAAGUAUGAUGCAGAGAGGGAUCUGCGGGAUAUUGGCGCCAAGAACAUUCAAGUCCACUCACUGAACAAGUUUAAAUACGGGAAGAUCUCCUCGAAACACAACGGCAGUGUUAAGAAAGGAGUGAUCUUUGCCACCUACUCUUCCCUCAUCGGAGAGAGCCAGUCGGGAGGGAAGUACAAGACUCGAUUUAAGCAGCUACUGCACUGGUGUGGUGAUGACUUUGACGGAGUUAUUGUAUUCGAUGAGUGUCACAAAGCCAAAAAUGUUUGCCCGAUUGGGUCUUCAAAACCCACAAAGACCGGUUUGGCUGUGCUGGAGCUACAGAACAAAUUGCCCAAAGCCCGGGUGGUGUAUGCCAGCGCCACAGGUGCAUCGGAGCCACGGAACAUGGCCUACAUGAACCGCCUUGGUAUCUGGGGUGAAGGAACGCCCUUCAGGGAAUUCACCAACUUUAUUCAGGCAGUGGAGAGACGGGGUGUGGGAGCCAUGGAGAUUGUUGCCAUGGACAUGAAGUUGAGAGGGAUGUACAUUGCACGGCAGCUGAGCUUUCAGGGUGUGACAUUUAAAAUUGAAGAAGUCCCUUUAUCUAACGACUACAUCAAGAUGUACAACAAGGCAGUGCGGCUGUGGGUAAGCGCCCGAGAGAAGUUCCAGGCGGCAGCCAACCUGAUGGACGCAGAGCAGCGCAUGAAGAAAUCCAUGUGGGGCCAGUUCUGGUCUGCGCACCAGCGCUUCUUCAAGUACCUGUGUAUCGCCUCCAAGGUGCGCCGAGUCGUGCAGCUCGCCAGAGAGGAGGUCAAGAAUGGAAAGUGUGUUGUGAUCGGUCUCCAGUCGACAGGAGAGGCCAGAACACUGGAGGCCCUGGAGGAGGGAGGUGGAGAGCUCAACGACUUUGUGUCCACUGCUAAGGGUGUGUUCCAGUCUCUGGUGGAGAAGCACUUUCCUGCCCCUGACAGACAGAAGCUCUUUAGCUUGCUGGGUAUCGAUCUACCCUCCAAGAAACCCACCGCAGCAAACAACAACGCCCAGGACCAGAAGAGCACCAAGAGAAAAGGUCAGGAGAUCAAGAAGGAGACAAAGAGGAAACGGCGGUCAGGAGGGCUGUCUGGAAGCAGCUCUGAAGAGAGCCAAUCGGACGAGUCGGACCAGGACGCCGAGAGUGACGACAGCUUUAAGUCGGUCAGCUCCGGCGAGGAGGAAGACGACUUCAACCCUUUCAGGGACGAGUCCAGCGAGGAUGACGAGGGUGAUCCCUGGCUCAUUCGGAAAGACUCCAAGAAAGGCAAAGAGAAGAAGGGGAAGAAGAAGAAGAAGAAGAGCAUUGACCCGGACUCCAUUCAGAGUGCCUUGCUGGCGUCUGGUCUGGGCUCCACCAGGCCCGCCUUCACCACGCCCUUAGCCAAAGUGCCUGCCGCCGUCACCCCAGCAGCUAAGACGGAGAGUGAUGGCUGCAUGACCAGCCAGGACGCAGUGGAGGACGCCCAGCAGAUGAAGCGCCACCUACUGGAGGAGCUGGAGAAGCUCUCGGAGCAGCUGCCCCCCAACACGCUGGACGAGCUCAUCGACGAGCUCGGGGGCCCUGAGAAUGUGGCUGAGAUGACGGGACGUAAAGGCCGGGUUGUCAGUAACGAUGACGGCAGCAUAUCCUACGAGUCACGCUCGGAGCUGGAUGUUCCCGUGGAGAUCCUGAACCUGACAGAGAAACAACGCUUCAUGGAUGGAGAGAAGAACAUUGCCAUAAUCUCGGAGGCGGCCAGCUCGGGUAUCUCUCUGCAGGCGGACCGCAGGGUGAAGAACCAGCGGAGGAGAGUGCACAUGACCCUGGAGCUGCCCUGGAGUGCAGACAGAGCCAUCCAGCAGUUUGGCCGGACACACAGAUCCAAUCAGGUCACAGCGCCGGAGUACGUGUUCCUCAUCUCUGAGCUGGCAGGAGAACAGAGAUUCGCCUCAAUUGUUGCCAAAAGACUUGAAAGCUUGGGUGCUCUGACGCAUGGUGACAGAAGAGCAACAGAGACACGAGACUUGAGCCGAUUCAACUUUGACAACAAAUACGGAAGAAAUGCGCUGGAAAUAGUCAUGAAGUCCAUUGUCAAUCUGGACUCUCCCCUGGUUUCCCCUCCCUCAGAAUUUGAAGGGGAUUUCUUUAAAGAAAUCCGCAAUGGCUUAAUAGGCGUUGGCCUGAUCAAUGUUGAGGACCGGUCGGGGAUCCUUACGUUGGACAAAGAUUAUAACAACAUUGGGAAGUUCCUUAAUCGGAUCCUUGGUAUGGCAGUCCAACAGCAGAAUGCCCUCUUCCAAUACUUUGCUGAAACACUAACAGCAGUCAUCCAGAAUGCCAAGAAGAAUGGACGUUAUGACAUGGGAAUUCUGGAUUUGGGCUCAGGGGAUGAGAAGGUGAAGAAAGUGGACAUGAAGAAAUUCUUGACCCCUGGAUAUUCAACCUCAGGUCAUGUGGAGUUGUACACUGUAAGCGUAGAGAGGGGGAUGUCAUGGGAAGAUGCCACCCAUAUAUGGGCAGAACACAAUGGCGCUGAUGAUGGCUUCUAUGUGCAGGUGAGGAACAAUAAGAAAACUGCCCUUUUGGUCACAGAGGUCAACACCAAGAAGAGGCUCUUUCUGGUUUACAGACCGAACACAGGGAAACAACUGAAACAAGAGAGUUACGCUGACGUCCGGAAAAAGUGUAAAAAGGUCCUGUCCGAUGAUGCCAAGCAGCACUGGAUAGAUCAGUACAACUCCUCAGCAGAGAUCUGUGCUCAUGCUUACUGGCGUGGGAACUGCAAGAAGGCAUCCGCAGGGCUGCAGUGCGAGAUAGGGCUACGCUGUAGGACCUACUACGUCCUGUGCGGCUCGGUGCUCAGUGUCUGGACCAAAGUAGAGGGGGUGUUGGCCUCCGUCAGCGGAACCAACGUCAAAAUGCAGAUCGUUCGUUUGAGAACGGAAGACGGGCAGAGAAUUGUGGGUUUGUUGAUCCCAGCCAACUGUGUGUCCCCUUUGACCAACCUCCUGUCGUCGUCGGACCAGUCGCAGCAGCUGGCUGUCCAGCAGCAGCAGAUGUGGCAGCAGCUGCACCCGCAGAGCCUCAGCCACUCUGCCAACACAUAGCCCCCACCUCACCCCGUCCCACUCUCCUUCCUCCUGUAGCCGGCAGGCUCCGGACUUUUACCCUCCUCCUCACCUUUGAACUUUCAACCUCUGGCCCCAGUCGGCUCCUCGUGAUGCUGCCGCGGCUGCUGCUCCUGUCGCUGUCACUGCUGCCGGAGUGCUUUGUCUCAGUCAGACAGACAGACAGACAGACCGACAAACAGACAGACAGACCACAGGGUUCUGCUGACUUCUGGGUUCCAAGUGGAAAGAGCAGGAGUAGGUUCCUGACUUGUUCCUCGCAGGUAGUGUGUAUGUGUGAGUGAGAGAGAGAGAGAGAGAGAGAGAGAGAGAGAGAGAGGCCGCAAGGAGAGCUGCCCAGACAGUCGUGGUGGUGCUGUCCACGCCGCCGCGACCACCUCCUCUUCCUUCUCCGCCUGUGUGUAACCUUUGAGCUUUUGAACAUGUGACCUCUAGCAGGAAGUGGAACCCCCCUCCGAUGGCCUGCUCCACUGCACCCCUCAUGACACUGACAGGUCUACACUCAGGGGAAUCACUACACGAACGUAGUCAUCUCUCUUUUCGUCGACACGCAAAAGAAGUUUGGCAUCGAUCCGAGGUGCCCGAAGCACGCAUGCAUACUCACUCAAAACAACGCCCCCUCUUUCCCCUCUCUCCAUGUCUCUUGUGCCUCAGUCUUUUUUCGUCCCUCAGCAUGCUCCUGGUGAAGAGGGUGGAUGGAGGUAAAGCGUGGGGUUGGGGGGGGUUGGGGGGGUGUGUGCCUCCUCAUCGAAGUAAGUGGAGAACUGCGACUGCAUGGCGAGAGCUCCUUUUUUUUAUGUCCAGUUUUCCUAGUUGAGGGUCGAAUAGGUUUGAUGUGAAUGCACUGUGCGGGUGUGAGGCAGCCAGCCAAUCAGCCAGCAAGCCAGCAAGCGCGAGUCCCUGUUCAAACUGGAACCUCUUCAAAAGCAGGACUCCGAUGUGGCCGGUGGCAGUGCGCCUCCCAAUAUGGGCGUCAUCGCGAGCCAAUGUUUUUGUGCGUCAAGGCAUCUUUAGUGCGAGCUCCUGUUUCCUUUCUCUUCAUUUUUCUUUCCUCCCUUUUCAGAGUGCUGUAUAAGUGGACAGGGUAGGCUUCAUUUAGGUUGCUUCUUUUUUUUUGCUAUACCAGUGUGUGUAUAGGUGCAUAUCUUAAAAGGAAAAAAAAAACAUGUUUUGCUUAAAAUAUUAGAUGUUGAAACACUUGAAGGACAAUGUCAUUUCAUCCUUGCACGAGUUGCACUACUGACUGAUUGAUGUACAAAGACUAUUAAAAUGAACAGUGCAAGACUUCUACCUCUUGCAAAAGACCAAUAAAACUCCUUGUGGACAAACA